GAUAUGUCAAAUUGUAGCUCAGCUCCGUACGAACGUAAAUCUCGUACCAACUACGAAACUAGAAAAAAAAACAACACAGCAGACAAUCGAAAGACGUAGACAACACAUAGACGUCAUCUAUUGACGACACGAUAAAACUACUGUGAUAUGAACGGGCGAUUGAGUGUCGAAAAUUGGCAUUCAUAUUUGACAGCAACUUGUCACCACAGAAACCAAAUCAAUAAGUUUUCGUAUUCAAUUCACCAAUUUUUUUUCUUCUUUUCAAGGUUUUUUGUUUCAAAAAUUAUACGUCAUCUCUGUGUGGAACGAACUUUAACCAAUCGGAGACUUUAUCUUUUCACUCUUUACUAGAGUAGACGAAAAAAGAGAGAAAGAAAUAAUCAGUGCAUGUGUUGCGAUGUGUGUGCGUGUGUGUUGAUGUAAACAUCGAUUGGAAUUGCACAAUUCGACGUAACACGAAAUUUUGUGUUUUGAUUGAUACAGGAUGUGAGAAUAAAAUAAUUAAUCAAUUGAUUUUCCACCAUCGACACAUCGAUUAGCGUUUGUGUGUGACAUCAACAUCGCUUGUUCCAAAGAACAACACUCGAACAAUUCCAUUCAAAAUCUAUCCCCUCGCUUCGUUCUUUCGAGUUUUUUUUCUAGUUAAUUAAUAAAACGUCAGGCAACAAAGGGAACGAGAGCGAUAAACAUCCAUUGAACAUGUUUAAUAUCGCCAAUUAUUCGUAUGAGAAUUGCGGGAAAAAGUGCAAAAAUCCGGACCAUGGCGAACGAAUCAACAGUGUUUUAAUGAAAAAUUCCAUUGCCGAUGACAAAAUUGCCGCUUUCAUCGCAAAAACCUGCAGAAACUUCGCACACGUCGCAGAUCUUCAGGGCCAAACCGCAUUGCACGUCGCAACUGCCACACACAAAUACUCCAUCGUCGAAUGGCUAAUCAAUAAUGGCGCUGAUGUUAAUUUACCCGAUAAGCAAUUAGGCCAAACACCACUACACCGUGCCAUUCAUUACGGCUACUUUGACAUCGCUGUAUUACUAUUGAGCUAUGGCGCCUCUUUUGAACUGAAUGAUUUUAAGCUGAAGUCAGCCGUGCAAUAUUGCUGCAAACCCAAAAAUUACGUCCAUGAACAGUCACACAUUAAGGAACAGAAUCAUCUGAAAGAAAUUCUUGUGUGGGGUAACAAUCGCAAUUACAAUUUGGGCUUGGAAAAUAAAGAGGGCAAAUCAUACCCGCAUCAUUUGGAUUGUUUCUUCAAGCAAAAUGUAUCAAUCAAUAGCGUUAGUUUGUCGUGUUACCAUUGCCUGUAUGUGGAUGACAAAGGCGAACUGUAUGCAGUUGGUUUGGGCGAUGGUGGCCGAUUGGGCACGAACAAUGAAACCACUCUAGUUCUACCGAAAAAGAUUUACCUCACGAAUAAGCACAAAAAUGAACGGGUCAUCAGUGUGGCAACGGCACGUAAUCAUUCGAUUGCUAUCACUAGUGAAGAUCGCAUUUUCACAUGCGGCUUGAAUACACAUCUUCAACUCGGCCAACGCAAUCCGGUCGAUAAAUCACUGAUUAUGCGAGACAUUGAUAUCGGUGAUCGAGGCUUUAUAAAUGUGAUCGCACGUGAUUAUCACUGCUUGGCGUACACAUCUGACUCGGUUUACGUGUGGGGCACCAAUUGUGGACAGUUUGGAUUGCCAUCGACCGAAGUCAAAAUCUCGCAACCGAAAAAGUUGGAGACGUUUUCGCAUCAAAUUGCAUAUGUUGAUUCAAGUAAUGCGGCAAUUGUUGUACUUACCACAUCUGGAUUGAUAUUAUUGUAUGCCAAAUUCAAAGUGAAAACGCUUAAGAAGCCAAUCAUACACGAGUCUGUCAAGCACAUAGCCAUAAUUGGUGGUAGUCUGGUCAAUACUCAAGAAAAAUCUUUGAGUGCUGAACCAUUGGAAGUAUUAGUUUUAACGCAAUCGGAUGCGAUAUUUCUCUGGUCGAAUGAUGAACAAAAGUAUUUCCGAUGUUUUAUGAAGCAUUCGUUUUCGAUAAAAAAUGUCUAUUGGAGCGAUGGAACACUGUUGAUCCUGGGUACUGACGGUAUUCUUUAUAAGGGAACCAUUACACGGAGUUCGGUUGAGUCGAAAGAUCAUCGUGGCUGUGAAGAAGAAUUUGUUGAACAAAAAUCCAAUCGCAGAAUGGACAUUAGUGAAACGUGUAGAUAUGACAUUGAUUUAACCAGGAUACCUAACAUCGAUCGCGUUACAAACGUUUCGGUCGAUCAACGCGGUGAAUCAUUUGUAGCGCUGCAAGAAAAUUCCAAACGUUAUCUAUCAAUCCCAAUUUUACCGGACGAUCCAAUUACCUUUAAAUCGCUGCUCAAUGAAACCAAUGAAUUUGACCUACUUCAUGACAUCGUUUUUCAUGUUGAAGACGAAAUAUUUCCCGCACACAAGUACAUCGUGUAUUCGCGUGCUGAGGGUCUACGUGACAUCAUUCGAAAGUAUAAAGACAAGCACAUCUAUUUGAAUUAUGAGGGUUUAACAUCGAAAAUGUUUGAAUUAAUAAUGAAGUACAUCUAUGAGAAUUACACGUUAACAACGCAGGAUAUGGAGGAUGUAGAAGCGUCAUUUGAUCCAUACAGUGGUUUAACAAAUUUAGAUAUAUACACGCUGUUUCGUGAGUAUUUGGGUAAAUUCGGUGUUUCAAAGUCAUUUGAUCGAUUAAUGGCACCGUCAUCAAUAAAAGAAACCCCAUUUAAACUGAAUCGGCUGAGCUAUCCGGAAUUGUACGAUAUAACGAUAAAAUGUGCGAAUAAUCGUGAGAUAAAAGCGCAUCGAUGUGUGCUGAGCACGCGAUUGGAAUAUUUCAAUCUGAUGUUCAACAGCAGUUGGUCGGAGUCAACGAAAGAUGUAAUCCAUUUAACAACAGUGGCUCAUGAAUACAUGGAACCAAUCAUAAAUUUUCUGUAUCACAACGAUACAAAUGUCAUUCGUAAGAAAGAGUACAAUGAUUCAUUUCUAUAUCACCUCAUGGAGAUUUGUGAUCAAUUUUUCGUCACCCGUUUGAAAAACAUCAUCGAAAUCAUGAUGAUUGAGAAGAUGACAUCGAAAAAAUGUGCGGAUAUGUAUGAAUUUGCGACCAUUUUCAAUUGUAGUCUACUUGAAUCGGCUUGUUUGGAUUAUAUCUGCCAGAAUAUGGGACGUUUGCUGGAGAAUCGCUGUUUGGAGCAUUUGCAAAUUGAAAGUAUGGAAAAAAUUUCCGAAUAUUACCGACAGGUGUUUCAAAUAAAUGACAGCGAACACGUGAUAAGCACCGUAUAUGGUGAUUGUGUCAGUGAUGAAACAGUGAUGUCAUUUGUGGACGACUUUCAAGUGGAUUUAUUGCAAAAGGGUGAAGCCACGCCGAAGCCGGUGAAGGUGAAAAAAGCCGAACGACCAUCGAGCGAUCGACGGAAUUAUGAAAAGGAAGCGAUUAAUUUGGUGAAGAAUUUGUCGAUCGAAGAAACAUCACCGGCAAUCAAAAAGCCAACCGAUGAUAGUAUCGUUGUUGAGGCUGAAGAAAUGGCCAAAUCGCUCGCCAACGAAUCGGUCAAAUGGAUGAAAGUGGCGGACAAAAAGGAUGUGAGGAAAAAAGUUGUGCUGGCGGGUUUAAAAUCGAAUGAUAUCCUGCGGAAUGAAUCAAAAGACCAAGACAAUUUCAUCCCAUUGAAACUGAAGACAAUGGGUGAGCAGAGUGAUUUCGAACCAAAAUCACCACAUUUGGAUAAAUCUCUCAACAGCACCGCCUCAAGCAUACCAAUCGAAUCUCCGACCGAAAAAAGUUCGUCGUUUAAUUUAAGCCUUGGCGAUUUUACACCGCAAAAAGGUUCGAAAUUGUCACAAAAACAACGACGACGACAAUUGUCACAGAGUGAAAAUUCACCAUCGACCAAGUCCAGCGAUCCAAUUCAAUCGCCAUCCGGUAAGUCAGUAUGGAAUACACCAACAUCUCCACCCGAACAGGCCAAUGUGUGGAAAGUCAAAUCGAUGCCGGAGACAAGCACACCAACCGCUAUCAAAACACAACCCAUUAAUAUUGCUUCGCCACACCGAGGUAAUGCCAGUCUCGACUCAAGUACAUCGUUUAACGACAGUUUCUUUUCACUAUCGCCAACCAAAUCCAGUCUCCCAACCACUUCGACCAAUGAUAGCUUUACCAAAAUCCUUAAAGAUGAACGCAAACAAAAGGAAUAUUAUAAUAAAAUGAAAUGUAAAUCCCUGUUAUUGACACAAAUCGAAGAGACGGCCAUCGAUGAACUCAAACGAUUCUAUAACACUGAAAAUGUGGUCGAUGAACACAUCGAAAUUGAACGCAAAUCAAAUAUCACACCAAUGGUUAAUUUCGCCAAAUGGAAACACAAUUGAAUAGCGAUCGAAUGGACAGAUGUGUGUUUACCAUGAUGAGACCCAUAUGAAAUGUGUGUUUGCCGUCUGUGUGCUAUUUUAUUGACCUUUUCUGAAUCUUUCUUAUAAAGAAAUUGUAUUCGAUUUGAAAUUUUAAUUUAAUUUUUUAGAAAGAAAAAGCAAAGAAUCAUCUGAGUAUGAUUUUAAAUCGAAGAGGAACAAAUUUAAAGAAUAAUCCAUCAGGUACAUAGUUACUAUGCACCAUAUCUGCUGUAUAUUUUGAUUUCUUUUGAAAUUUAGCGCCAAUGCAUGAAUUAUGUAAUAAAUUGCUAGAUCUUUUAAAUUUAUUGAUUAUAUUUGUACAUUUUUUCGAAUGUAUUUAUUGAAUAAAAAACGGAAUUCCCUCCCAAGAAA